AUGUCAAACCUAUACCACAACACUUCUCUCCUCCUUCAAACAACCUACAACUCGAUCCACCGUCACUAUUCCACCGGUAUUGAGAUUAUCCGACGUAAUGUCAGACCAUUUCAUCCUCCAAGCGGGGUACUGGUCCCUGGCCUUAAGGCAGCAUACGAUGAUGGACAUGUCCUCAAAGCAGCAGGAUGGACAUUCCUAAUUAAUCUCACUAUCGGUUCAUUCGGAUGUAUCACAUUACCCUCUAUGAUUGUACCGACCAGUGGGAUCCUCAUGGCUGGUGUAAGAGCGAUGACUUGGGGAUUGAUAUUCUCACCUAUAGCUGGGAAGAAAGAUGCGUUGACGUUACCUCAUUUCAUCACGAUGUUGAUAGAGGCUCAACCUUAUAUCCUGGCUGCUUUGGGGGAUUGGUUCUUGACUAGGCGGUUUAUAAGCCAAUUCGGAUGGACGAGGGUAGAGGGAGAAGGACAAAUCAGGUCGAUUGAUAAUGAGGAGAAUAAGGAUAAGAAAGGAAAGAGAACAAUUUGGAGUUGGAUCCCAAUCUCAUGGUCCGGAUAUGGACAAGGAUUGAAAGAUGUUUUAUCGCUUUAUGGACCUAUUACUGGUAUUUUGGCUAUAGCAGCUAUGUGGGAAGGGUACGAGGUAAUUCAUUUCAAGAAGGGGUUCUGGUAA